AAGAACGCGCGGCGCGCACAAGUUCACCGCCGGCGCAAUUUAAAGGAAGCGAUCGCAAAAGGAACAAGAAAAUAGAAAGGAAAAGUAUUUACGUGGUCGCGCACGAAAACGGUGGAAAAUAUAUAACGCGCGGCGUGUGUGCGCGCACGCACGACCGGACGGGCACGAAUGGACGCGGACUAAAUUUAAACCAAAGGUGCUUUCGGCAGCUUGCGAGGAAGCUUUGUGCGUCGGACAAGUGCCACACUGUCGGCACGGUGUCCACGUUCAGGACACGCACAUCGUGUGCGUCCGGCAUGAAAAUCGCAAGGAUUUCCAUCAGAUUCGUGCGAAACUGUGAUAUUUUCGUUACCAGUGUUACUUAAGUUAAGUCAUGAAGGACCCACAUUGUAUUUUCGGCCCAAAUAUCGAAUGACAUCAUCAGCAGAUCCAAAACUUUAAGGAUUCAAUGAAAAUGGUUUCUCUCGCGUGGAAGCCUUGAUCGCCUGCAUCAGAUUUGGGCAUAAUAUGAAUGACCAUCGCGACCUCGUCGCCGGCGUCAUCACAUCAACGAGACAAAGUCCUGGCAACGCGCCAACUUCCAACGCAUCUGCAGCGCCAAGCAGUAAUCGACACAGCUCGACGCCUGCGACGCCUCCAACCGCAUCGUCUUCAUCAUACCCAGUCAACAAUAAUAACAAUAAACGCAAUAGUGGCAUCUUUUCCUUCUUAAAAUGGUUCCGUUCGACUUCGAAGGAAUCAGUGGCGUCGUCACGUGACUCACCGACGUCAAGUUUAGGAAGCAUCCCUUUCGGUGGCAGUAAUUCAAGUCUGAAUAGUACAGGAACAGCCGCGAGUUUUAAUUUUAUACCACCGGCCGCCUACACGCCGAAAACUAGCGAUAAGUGCAUUCACCCAGGACCUGAGACUGACACCUACAAAGCAAGGCUUAAGCAACGAGACAAAGUACGCGAGAAAGACAAGAAUAUCACGCUGAGGAAAAAAUACAAUCUGUUUUUCAACCGCGAUAAAGGCACCAAGCAAAAAGAGAAGAAACCGGAAGUCGAAGAGGAAAAUAGAACGAAUCACAAAGAAGAUAAUUGUAAGAGUUUACCACUGAUGACCAAGACGAAAAUGAGCGAUGAUGACAAAGGUCAUCGACGUACAAACAGCGACUCAUCAAAGGGAAGAAAAGCCGGUGCGUAUUUACACGUGAAAGGAAAGCGCAAAGCUCCACCACCGCCGCAGAACGAACAAAAAGAAAGCAGUUUAAGUCUGCGACGCAAGAAGCGUCUUGCGCCUCCACCACCAGCUGCGCCAACAGCUGAAAAGGUAAUAAACGCGUUGAAUACCGAAGACAACGUGACUAUGGCCGCGAAACAAAAUGGCGGCGCGCAUAGUUUUGAGUAUGCUGACGUGGACGUCAUUCAAAACGACUGUUUAAAGUUAGACCACGGUGUGUUAAAACCCACGAAAGACCAGCCGGUGCUAAAACCGCAAAAAAGUCCAUUGCUUGGGGUUGCAACGAGUUUAAAAAGCGAAAUUCCGGUGUCGCCGAAACCAUGGUACAAGCGUGCGACUAGCAGUCAAAGCAAAAAGCGGGAAAGUAAAUAUGAACCUGUCAUACCACCUUUCAUCGUCGAUAAUAAUAAUCAUAAGAAUUUUAAGUUGGAGAAAACUGAAAAGGAUGAUAAACGCAAGUCAAAUAUUAUGUUUUUAACUAAUAUCAGCGAAUUGGAUCGCGAGGCGAGUGAAAUAAUUAAAAAUCAAGCGAAUUCUAAGCAGAAACAACCAAAUGAACAACCAGACUAUGAACUACCGGAAAUGCCUGAGUUUAUGAAGCCGAAAGCACAGGAAGAUGUUUACGAUGUGCAGCAGCCGCCAUCAAAGCGGAAAUCUGCCAAAGAUUUGAUUGCCAAGUUCAAUGCCAUCACGAGCGUGACGAAGGUGACUGUAAAUUCGGCGUUUUUCAAUCCGUCAAGUGAUAAAAAUUACUUUGGUAAAAAGAAGGAAGUUAAAGAAGUGAAAAAUGUGUCUGGCGGUAAAGACGUCAAGAAAAAUGGAUUUGGUUUGUAUCAAGGAGCAGCAGCUGGACCAGGACCUUUGAUGAAAAGCGAAACUACAACUUGUAUUUUACCAGUUCCACAAGCAAAGCCCCAAACACCAAAAUUAGAAAAACUCGAACGUAAAAGUUGGAUGUGUCCCAAAUGCAAUUUGGAGAAUGAUUACUGGCGUAUUAUUUGUCACGUUUGUUCUACAAUUAAACCAUACUUUGAUAAUUUUGCUGCAUCUGACUCACCUACCAAUAGUGGUAACAGUAAACCAUUGGAUGAUUCAAAUGUAAAAUUAACCAAAAAUGUGAAUAAUUCUUCGUCAUCAAGCAGCAACAACAGUUUAAACGUUUUAAACGUGACUAAUGAUAAACCAGCGGUGACUACAACACCAGUAACUUCAGAGCUUCCUAUUUUGAUGAGGUCUAAGACCCAGAUCAGUUUUGGUGGUAACCGUGGUCAGAGGGCGCUUGGUACCACACCGUCCCCAGUUCAGAAUGAGACUACAGCUGAAACUAAGCGCGAGGAAAAAGAAAAACUAAAGAAAAUGUUGAUUGAGAUGAAGAAUUCGUUACCGAAACGCAAAUCUCAUGUGGUUCUGCAAAAUCGCAAGAGUACCAUUGAUGAGGGACCGGAAAUUCAACAGAACAAAGCGAAUUCUAAUAAGAUUUUAGCGGAAAACGAUGCAAAUCUUGACCUGAAAGAUGAAAAAAUGAUGGAAGUAGAUCAAAAGAUUGUACAGAAAGAAGAAGAAAUCAAAACGCAAAUCAAACCAUCAACAUCCAAUGAUCAGAAGAAAGAAAGUCCUUAUCAAUUAUUAAGACCGAAAGAUUUUGAAGAUAUUUACAGUGAAAAGAUUGCUACAAAUUCAACUACACAACAUUUGUACGCAAACUUACCAGAGAGUCAGAAUCCAACGCCCAAAGAACUGUUUUUUAAUGUUCCGAAAAAAUUAAACGAAUUAAAACAGAAUUUAGCAAGUGGUAGCGGUUUUCAGUCAACACCGAACGCUGCGGAUACUUUGGAGAUUAAUAAAUUGCUGAGACGACUGGAAAAUGCGAUUGCAAAAGGGGAUUUGAACGAUGCAGCUGGGUAUGCAAAGGAUUUAGCUCAUCUUAAAGUAAAUUGUUCUGUAAUACGACAGAAACAAAACUUCAAUGAGCUGCCAAACAAAGCAAAUCGUUUUAUUGUGGAAAUGUAUGUAGAAGAUCGUUUAUCGCAUCGUGGACCGUUUCCUAUUGAAGUAUUCAAUGAACAAACUGUUCUUGAGUUGAAACAACAAGUACAACGUGAGUUUGAGAUACCUAUUGAAGUGCAACGGUGGAUUUUGGGUAAAGAAUUAGCUGGUAAUGAUAAAACUACUCUAAAAGAACUCAAUGUCACGCAAGGAUGCCCGAUAUUUUUGUAUUUGGUUGCACCAACAGCAAAAAAUACAAAUGAAGAAUUAAAAACACCAAAAGUGGUUAAUAUUGAAGUUAAAGAGUUGAAUGUUGACGUUAAAACUAGCCAAACCAAAGAAAAAAGCGACAAUGUUGCUAAACCUUCGAAUUUACCAGUGCCAACAACAAAUCUCUCUAGUGGUAUUAGUAAAUUAUCUUCUGGACAAUCUGGGCAAUCUCCUUCAGGGUUUAUCAGGUCUGAAAAAUCAGCAUUUGCUGUUGUGCCAUCUGAAAAAGGUAAAGUUAAAAACGCUGCUGUUGGAACUUCUUCCGGAAGUAAUUCUCCUCGAAUUGUUGGGGAACACCUCAAGGUCCACGUGAUGAUCAAACCAAAAACCAACGCAGAGACACAAAUUGGUGAGAUUGCCAAGGCACCACCUGUUUCUAAAUUACCUUUAAUAACUAAAACAACCAAUUCUCAUCUACAAUCAUCAUCAUCGUCUUCGUCUUUAACAAGUACAACAAUUGCUUCUACUUCCUCUGAAAGUAAACCUAGCACAACUGGAUUAGCCACAGCUGUCAAAACAUCAGUUAUUGUUCAAACAGCUCCAACGGUUUUAGCUGCAACACAAAAAGAAAAUAAAACUCCACCCAAAGCUGAACAGGAAGACUUUUCCGAGUAUGAUAAAACAAUACGACCUCCACGUGUGAAUAAAGAAGCGAAACAAGCACAUUGGAUUUGUCACGUUUGUACUCUAGUGAAUAAUCCAACAGCAAACAUUUGCUCUGUGUGUGCAACAGUGCGUCAAAAGCAGGAAAACACAAAUAAACCAGAUAAUAAAUUGCAUUACUAUGAAUUGAUGAAUUUAGACAAUUCAGAUUUGGUUCCAAACUGUGAUGCAUUUGAGUGUCUUGUUUGUUUGACAGAAGUGAAGCCGAAGGAAGGUGUCACUCUCAGGGAAUGUCUUCAUCAGUUUUGUAAGAUGUGUUUAGCACACACAAUUGAAUUCAGUGAUGAAGCGGAAGUAAAGUGUCCUUACAGAGACCAAGACUAUUCAUGUGACAUUGCUUUGCAAGAUCGAGAAAUAAAGGCGUUGGUAAGUCGACAGGCGUAUGACCAGUUUCUGGCUAAAUCCGUUGCGCAAGCGGAGAAUAAAAUGGAUAAGACUUUUCACUGUAAAACACCCGAUUGCACAGGUUGGUGCGUUUUUGAAGACAAUGUCAAUGAGUUUCGAUGUCCAAUUUGUAAGAAAACAAAUUGCCUAACUUGUCAGGCUAUACACUGGGGUCUAAAUUGUCGUCAAUAUCAAGAACACAUGAAUAACCAGUCGGAAACGGAUGAAGACGCACGUCAAACACGAGAAUGGUUGAAUGAAAUGGUGGAGAAGGGUGAAGCGCUUGCGUGCCCCGCGUGUCAUGUUGUAAUGAUGAAGAAAUGGGGCUGUGACUGGGUGCGCUGCUCAAUGUGCAAGACGGAAAUCUGUUGGGUAACACGUGGAUUACGCUGGGGACCCGCCGGCAAAGGCGACACUUCAGGCGGGUGUAAAUGUGGAGUGAAUGGCGUCAAGUGUCAUGCCAAAUGCAACUACUGCCAUUAAAGUAACCAAAAAGACAUUGUGUGAACACGAACUUGUUAGUUUAAGAAUGUUGAAGUGCCAUUAUUUAAUUAUGUGUGCAACGAAACAAUGUGUGAUCUUUUCUAUAGUCAUAUGCGAAAUUAAUAUUAUAUGAAGCGCUUUCGGUUGUGUUUCAGGUGUUUUAAAUAUUUAUAAAAAAUAUAAAUACAACACAA